UGAGUCGUGGUGUUAUAAAUUUCUCUGUGAUAUGUUGUCAAAUGUUAAUAUAAUUUCAAAUUUUAAUUCCCAAUUUUAUAUCAUGUUUUAUUUUUUAUUCAAUCGAAUAGAAUUAUAAUCAUUACCUACUUUGUUAGUUAGGUUUUAAUAUUUUAAAUGUCCUUUUAAUUAACGUCAUGAGUAAACGAAUAUCUCCAAUGUCAGCAGAUGAACGGCCGAAGAGAGUGAAAAAAGAAUGUAAUUAUGGGGAAAAAUGUUUCAGAAUGAAUCCAGUGCAUUUUAGGGAGUUCAGUCACAGACACUUGGAAUCGAUACUAGAUGCGUACUCUGGAUGUGGUGAGUACCCAAUACCGGAACACCUGAGCUCCCAGCGGCACAUGAUAAAGGAACAGCUCGAGGUUAUCGUUGAGAAGAAGCUGUAUGAGCCGGUUACAGAAGGGAGCGGUGGCGCAAGUACAUCAAAAGAUGAUUUACAAAGUAAAACUGAAACACAAAGUACUAGGAUCACAUCAAAGGAAAGUAGUUCAAAACAAUUGACCAGUGGUAUGAGGGGAAACGAAAAUAUUAGCAGAGCUAAAGAUGAUGGGAAAUUGUCUAAAGGUGAUGAAAAGAACCUAAAAGUGAAGAGCAGAGAGAACAGUGGAUCUCCAACUGUUAAUAUGGAGGGGAAAUCAGCAAAUCAAAAAGGUACAGACUACCGCCCGGUAGUACAGCCCACGCGUCGCCCAGAGAAUUUCCUGAAGGUGGUGUUACCACGUGGCAACAUGGCGGCGAAGCAUGCCGCUAGCGCCCCCUAUCAUAUAUUUUAUACAACUAUAUCUGACGCGAAGGAAACACAUAAUCAACCAUACUCCAUAACGUUUUUAGAAAUCCUGGAUCACAGUUUAGGCGAGCUGAAGUGUUCCCUCCAGAUAAAUUUUAUGGUCGAACUGGGCUGGCUCCUAGCGCAGUAUUACUUCGCGGGCUACAGCGAGAAAAGGCUGACCAUACUCUAUGGUGAGGACGCGCCGGAACUGAAGAAUAUAAACAAGAAGAAGCCCCACGUAGACGCGCACCACGUCAACAUGGCGACGCCGUUUGGAAAGCAUCAUACGAAAAUGAUGAUAUUAUGCUACGAAGAUGGAUCACUACGCGUGGUGGUGUCAACUGCGAACCUGUACCUUGAUGAUUGGGAGAACAGGACUCAGGGCCUAUGGUUCAGCCCACGCUGUCCAGAACUUCCAGCGGACGCGAUGCCGUUCGACGGCGAGUCGCCGACUUCCUUCAAGAAGUGCCUGCUGCGCUACCUGAACCACUACCAGAUGCCGCAGCUCGCCCACUACGUCGAGAGGGUGAAGAGAUGUGACUUCAGCCAUAUCAACGUAUUCCUAGUGGCUUCCGCGCCAGGAUCACAUUUCGACAUGGAUUGGGGCAUGACUCGUGUGGGGGCGCUGUUGCGGCAGCACUGCUGCAUCCCGCCAGCAGAGAACUCGAAGUGGCCCCUGUUGGCGCAGGCCAGCAGCAUCGGCAGUUACGGGAACGACCCGAAGCUAUGGCUCACCGGCGACUUUCUGCACCACUUCACGAAAAUAAAGAACCAGCCGCAGAUGCUGUCCGCGCCGGCUGAACUGAAGAUAAUAUAUCCUUCAUUAGAAAACGUGCAGCGGUCCCUGGACGGUCUACUGGGUGGCGGCUGCCUGCCGUACGCGGCCGCCGCGCACGCUAAGCAACCCUGGCUCAACAGCUUCCUCUACCAGUGGCGGGCUACGUGCAGCGGCCGCGACCGAGCGAUGCCCCACAUCAAGUCGUACAUGCGCACGUCGCCCGACAACAAGAUGGCCGCCUACUACCUCCUCACGUCGGGUAACGUCAGCAAAGCAGCCUGGGGCUCCAUAAACAAAGGCAACUCCGCACUGAGGAUCAUGAGUUAUGAAGCCGGCGUGUUAUUACUGCCGAGAUUUGUGAUGAACGAAGACUUGUUCCCGCUGUCUGAUGGCGCCAAGAAUCGCUUGAUCGUGCCAUACGAUAUACCACCAACAAAGUACGCCAGCGACAUGUCGCCGUGGCUCUUCGAUUACCUCAGUUGAGCUCUUGUACGUUCAUGCUACCCUGGUCGCGUCAAGGGAAAUUAUGAUAUAUUUUUGUGAUUGUCUGUUAUUAAUUAAUAAAUAAAG